UUAGAAAUUGCCUUGAUUUCUUAAAACAAUCUCUACAAUUUUUGAAAGAUGUCCUUACAUAAACAUAAGACCAUUUCACCGAUGUACAUCUCAAAUCCAGAUUUUAUCCCUGGCUGAAACUUCAAGUAUGGUGGAAUAUUGAUAAGCAGAGGGCUUGUUGGGACAACUUUUGGUUUGAAUCCUCUUCCCAGUCGUCAGAGUGCGUUUGUCCCUGUCAAGAAAGCCAAAGUCAUAAGCAGUCCCAAAUAUCAAAGCAUUCCUCAAGAAAACUUCCAGAAUGAAUCAACUUUGAGAACAGAAAAUAAUUUGAAAGAGGCUACAUCUCUUCAGCCGAAAUUGCCAGAAUUCAGCCUUGACUUAAAGAAAGUAGUUUCGGCGGAAAUAUCCCCCAAAAGGGCAGUUGAAGACCUUAUUGCUCAAAAUUCUCAGAUACCCCAAUCUGAAGAGGUAGUAAAGAAUGAAGAAAUCACAGAGGUAAGCUCAGUGAGCAAGGAGCCCGCCAAAUUUGAUAAAGGGAUCAGGUUUUCCAAACAGAAUGAUAAAGAACUAUUCAAAAUUCUUAACAGCCUCUGUAAAGAGCAAGGAAUGCCUAUCACAAACUUCUGGAGUGAUGCUUACCCCCUACCUAAGCCAGAGACAGAUAUCCUGAUUGCUUUAGCCAAGAGAAUCUCUUGGAAAAGGAACAGGAAGCUUGAUUUACUCAAAAGAAUCAGAAGGAUUGCUAAUAGAAAAACCUUCUCUGUCAGGGAGAAAAAGCUCCUCAAGAGGAUCAUCAACAAGCAGAAGGUUAAUGGUAUUGAAGAUAUCAACGAAAUCAUUGAGAAUUUCCCUGGGAAAUCGAUCGAGAGGUGCUACGAGGAGUAUGACAAGUUGCUUUAAUCCAAACAUUUUAUUCGUCCAUAUUAUCCUCAAAUUUCUAUA